UCCACUCAGCCCAGGGAGAGACAUGUUAGAGACCAGCUAGAACAGAGAUCAGCUGGGAUACGGGGGCAAUGGGUGCCUCUUCUAAAUGGGGAAAAUGGGCUUCAUAGCCCCCACACCCAACAGAAAAGCCAUCUUUCCAGAAACGAGAACUCGUUAACAACGUUGCUGGAUUGGUAUUGUCCCGUUGAAAGGACAAGAUGGCAGCACUACAUACAUACGGAGCAUGGUGUGGGUACAAUAUAACUCCAGAACAUGUUCACAGAAGCCCUGGGUUAUAUCACUUGUGACUAUCUGUGAAGGUAUGGCCUCACAAGUCCUGGUCUACCCACCACAUGUGUAUCAAGCCCAGACAAGUGCCUUUUGUAGUGUGAAGAAGCUGAAAGUUGAGCCCGGCGGCUGCGCUUCCCGUGAGAGGGCCUUCCCGCAGGUGUGUUUGAGUGGCGGCCCCCUGGCUGUGGCAGACCCCAGGAGCGUCGCUCGCUCGUUUCCCACGGCGGACGCGGCCGGCGGCAGACCCCUCGGGGGGAGGGACUUUGCGUUGCAGGCGGUGGCACUGAGAGGCGAGCGUCGGCAGCAGCCCGGGACGGUCGAGCAGCCGCAGCCCCAGGAGGGGGGCGUCCCCGGGCGGGGCAGGGGGCAGCAGCCGGGCCUGGGGGGAGGGGGCGGUGGAGGGGACGGAGGGCAGGAGGCGGAGGAGCGGGACGGUGGAGGUUUGAACUCGCCCGACGGCCUCCGGCGAUGCGGACUGAAGCGUAAGAGCGAGGAGCUGGAGACCCGCCAGAGCGCCAUGCAGGUCCUGGAGGAGCGGCCCGUGCUGCAGACGCAUGUGGGGAACGCGGGGGCGGGAGGGGCCCCCUCCAAGCAGGCCGGGGCCGGGGACGGGGACUACCAGCUGGUGCAGCACGAGGUGCUGUGCUCCAUGAAGAACACCUACGAGGUGUUGGACUUCCUGGGCCGGGGGACCUUCGGGCAGGUGGUGAAGUGCUGGAAGCGGGGCACCAGCGAGGUGGUGGCCGUCAAGAUCCUGAAGAAGCACCCGUCGUACGCGCGGCAGGGCCAGAUCGAGGUGGGCAUCCUGGCCCGUCUGAGCAGCGAGAACGCCGAGGAGAACAACCUGGUGCGCGCGUUCGAGUGCUUCCAGCACCGCAACCACACCUGCCUGGUGUUCGAGAUGCUGGAGCAGAACCUGUACGACUUCCUCAAGCAGAACAAGUUCAGCCCGCUGCCGCUCAAGGUGAUCCGGCCCAUCCUGCAGCAGGUGGCCACCGCGCUGAAGAAGCUGAAGAGCCUGGGGCUCAUCCACGCCGACCUCAAGCCCGAGAACAUCAUGCUGGUGGACCCCGCCCGCCAGCCCUACAGGGUCAAGGUCAUCGACUUUGGCUCAGCCAGCCACGUGUCCAAGGCCGUGUGCUCCACCUACCUGCAGUCACGCUACUACAGGGCCCCAGAGGUCAUUCUAGGGCUGGCCUUUUGUGAAGCCAUAGACGUGUGGUCCCUGGGCUGUGUGAUCGCUGAGCUGUUCCUGGGCUGGCCGCUCUACCCUGGUGCUCUGGAGUACGAUCAGAUUCGCUACAUCUCUCAGACUCAGGGGUUGCCGGGUGAGCAGCUGCUGAACGUGGGGACGAAGACGUCUCGCUUCUUCUGCAGGGAGUCGGACUCUCCGUAUGCAGCCUGGAGGCUGAAGACGGCGGAGGAGCACGAGGCAGAGACGGGCAUGAAGUCAAAAGAGGCCAGGAAGUACAUCUUCAGCUGUUUGGAUGACAUAGCGCACGUGAAUCUGGUGAUGAAUCUGGAAGGCAGUGACUCGUUGGUGGAGAAGGCGGACCGCAGAGAGUUUGUGUCUUUGCUGAAGACCAUGUUGUUGAUCGAUGCCGAGAAGAGGAUCGCCCCAGCCGAGGCCCUGAAGCACCCCUUCGUCACCAUGCAGCACCUCCUCGACUUCCCCCACAGCAACCAUGUGAAAUCAUGUUUCCACAUCAUGGACGUGUGCAGGCCGCACCCCAACGCCUACGACUCCAUGAACCGCAAUAAGACCCCCUUCAUGAGACCGGUCACCUCCAGCAACGCUGCAAACCUGACCGCGGCUUUCAAUAAGAUGGGCCCCGUGCACACUCAGGCUUUAGCUCCACCCCCUCCCUCCGUGAUGCAUCCUGGGAUGCCGCUGCAGACAGGAGGCGCUCAGUUCGGGUGCAACGACUCCUUUCAGCAAGCGCUCAUCCUCUGUCCCACCACCCUUCAAGGAAUGCCGCCCAACCCAAACAAACAGGCGGGCUUCCCGGUUCUGAUGGACCAGGCUCCCCCCUUGCAGCCCUUACAGAUCCGCACAGGGGUCAUCACACAGACGUGGUCCAAUCGGGCGCAGCAGAUCCUGGUCCCCGCCUGGCAGCAGGUGCCCACGGUGCCGCCCGCGGCGACCACGCUGGCCUCGGAUGCUGUGGCGGGCCCACAGCGACUGGGGGACUGGGGGAAAGUGCGUCCCCACGGCAACCGUUAUGGCUCCAUGUUGCCCCAACCUCUUCUAACCAACCAAAUGGCCGUGUCCGCCCACCAGCCAAUCAGCAUAGGCCUCGCACACAUGGUGUGGCCCCAGUCUGCUGCUAACCAGAGGAACAUGCCCUGUGUGGACAGGAGUAACGGGUUGGGGCCCCGCCCCAGUGCCCAGCCCUCGGCCUGCCCCUCCCCGAAGAGCUGGGGCCCCCGGAGGAGCUGCGAGGGGGAGGAGGGGGGCGGGCCGGGGGCGGAGCCGGCCCUCGGCGUGGGGGCGGAGCCCGAGGCGUCGAGGUGCUGCAGGGCGGGGCGUGCCCCUGGCGAGCCCGCCCUCUCCCGAAAACAGCGGCGGAGACGGGGGCGGGCCGGCCGGGGGGGCCGGCGGCCGCAGGGGGAGCUGCUCAUGGCUGAUUCGCCGAGCCCUGUCGUCAGCGUCAUCACCAUCAGCACCACGGACAAGGACACGGCCCAGAGGCACGCGCUGGGGGAGUGCGGGGGUACCCGGGGUGUGAGGCGUGUGGAGGGGCUCUCUCCAUGGAGCGUGUCAGCUCCCUCAGCAGCCCCGACAGCACUCUGAGCACCAGCUCCUCCACCUCCGGCCCCUCCAGCCCCUCCCCCUGCAAGAGGCCCAACAGCCUGACAGACGAGGAGCAGGAGAGUGGCUGUGACACGGUGGGAGGCUCGCCCGCCUCGGACUCCUCUGGCUCCCCCCUGCGGGGGCGGGAACCAGAACCGUUCGGCCCCGGGGCAGCGGCCGACGAGGCGCCAAACCGCC